AUGAAGCCUUUUCUUCUUUUUCUUCUUCUCGGGAUUACUGUAGUCUCUGGUAUUAUUCGGCUUGAUGGAGACGGUGGUGGUGGUGACUGGGAUUACGGUGGCGGUGGCGGUGGUGGAGGAGGACACCAUCCCUCUCAUUCAUCUUCAUCUUCUGAAGAGCAUGGACAUGGUGGGCACGGUCAUCACGGGCCACGCCCCCCUAGGCCACGCCCACCACGCCCGGCCAGAUGCCCAUCCGACUGGAUGACUUUCGAUAGAACUGCAGGCACUUGGUGUGUAAAGGUGUUCUCUGGAACUACCACAGGUUAUAAUGCCCAAUCGAUGUGUCAAGCGCAAGGAGCCGUACUGACAGGGGUACAGGAUGCGAAUGAGAGGAUUCAGAUAGCUAACGCCGCCCGUAUCCUGAACAAUGUCAUCGGAGGUUUAAAUAAUGCGUGGCUUGGUGGGAAACGUCGUGCCCAGUGUCCAAAUAAACCGUCUUGUGCUCCAUUGGACACUUUCGAAUGGACUGAUGGACACACCACUGGAACCGACGGAUUCUGGUGGCCUGGUCCCCAGCCAGACGCCUAUUGGGAUGCAAACUGGGGAAUCCAAACAUGUCUUUCUAUGAUCGUGUCAGCUGCUGAUGGAAAAACAGGGAUUUUGGGUUACCCGCAUGGAUCGAUGGAUGAUGAACACUGUCAGGCGACAAGGAAUUUGUAUGCGUGUGGGAAGGAACCGAGUUAA